ACUUUAAUCAAUAUUUAAUAGUAGCAUGGCACUACAGUGAACCAAACCCAUUAUAUGUAUCACACAUUCCAACCCUCCUUCUCCACAUUUCCUUUCUUUUACUCCCCCCCCCCCCCCCAUAAAAAAAUAUAGAGAGAGAUGAGUUUUCAAGGUUUUCUUUCUCUCCAAUCAAUGUCUGCAACCUGCGGCUUCUUGUUCUUCGCCUUCACCCUUCUGUUUUCCUUCUUCUCGUUCCUCGUUUUUGUCUCGAGGAUGAAGCCGUGGUGUAACUGCGAUGUUUGCAAGAGCUACUUGACGGUGAGUUGGCUGAACAAGUUUCCAAAUCUCUGCGACUGGUACACUCAUCUUCUGCGCAAAUCCCCAACCGGCACCAUCCACGUGCACGUGCUGGAGAACACCAUAACCUCGAACCCCGUCAACGUGGAGUACAUUCUCAAGACGAAUUUCCAAAACUACCCCAAGGGGAAACCGUUCUCCGUCAUCCUCGGCGAUCUUCUUGGAAGAGGAAUCUUCAACGUCGACGGCGAAUCGUGGAAGUUACAACGCAAGAUGGCGAGUUUGGAGCUCGGGAGCGUCGCUAUUCGAACGAACGCGAUGGAAUUGGUCAACGAGGAGAUCCACGCGCGUCUGAUCCCAUUCAUAAUGGGAUCAGUCACGCACGACGAAUUAAACGACUCCGUCUGCGUUUUGGAUUUGCAAGAUAUAUUACGAAGAUUCUCGUUCGACAACAUAUGCAAAUUCUCGUUCGGUCUCGACCCGGGCUGUCUCCUACCGAAUCUCCCAGUCUCAAACCUCGCCGACGCGUUUGACUUGGCCUCGAAGCUUUCCGCGGAACGCGCCAUGAACGCGUCGCCGUUUAUUUGGAAACUAAAACGACUCCUCAACGUAGGUUCCGAAAGAAAACUGAGAGAAGCAAUCAACGUUGUAAACGACGUCGCUAAUGAGAUGAUCAAACAGAGAAUAGAAAUGGGGUUCAACACGCGGAACGACCUUCUCUCGCGGUUCACGGGAUCCAUAAACGACGACGUUUAUUUAAGAGACAUUGUGGUGAGUUUUCUCUUAGCGGGCCGUGACACCAUCGCCUCCGGGUUAACGGGCUUUUUUAUGUUGUUGUCUAAAAGCCCGGAGGUGGAGGAGUUGAUUAGAGAGGAGGCGGGCCGGGUGGUGGGCCCGGGCCAGGAGUUUCCUUCGUUUGAACAAAUCCGCGAAAUGCAUUACCUGAACGCGGCGAUUCACGAGAGCAUGAGGCUGUUCCCACCGAUUCAGUUCGAUUCGAAGUUCGCCACGGAGGAUGACGUGUUGCCAGAUGGCACUUUUGUGAGAAAGGGUAGUAGGGUAACUUACCACCCUUACGCGAUGGGCCGAAUGGAGAACAUUUGGGGGCCCGAUUGUCUCGAGUUCAGGCCCGAAAGAUGGCUGCGUGAUGGAGUGUUCGUGCCAGCGUGUCCUUUUAAGUACCCUGUUUUUCAGGCUGGGGUAAGGGUGUGUUUGGGGAAGGACUUGGCUUUGAUGGAGAUGAAGUCCGUUGUGCUUGCGUUGGUUCGGAGGUUUGAUAUUCGGGUCGUUCAAUCGGGCCAGGAGCCCCGGUUCGAGCCCGGUUUAACCGCUACUUUGAGAGGCGGGUUGCCGGUUCGGGUUCGGGUUUGUGAAAGGAAAUGAAUAGCAAGUAUGUGGUUGAUAAAGUCAUAAAGCCAUAAAGGAGUUCACAACUAGAAUGAAAUCAUGAAAUCAAUGAGGGGAUGGAAGAACCGUUUUCGUGUAAAUAAUAAUGUUGCAGUUGAAUUGAAAGUUUUCUUUUUCCCCCUCUUUUAAGCUGGUUUCUUGCUGAAUUUGCGUUUAUAUUUAUUAUUACCCGGUGAAGUAAAUACUAAAUACUAUAAGCGUUGCAAAUUUUGGAUU